AAUAUCAAUGUGGGCCUUCCGAUCCUUUUAGAACGGGCGGUAAGAGCAGUGGACACUAUCGGCUAAAUCGAGAUCGAGCCCCUCCUACAACUAUUACUAAUGUUUUACGCGUUACUAUAUCCGGUUAUAACAAAUUACCGCGACUUACCCGCCCGCUUAUAAAUUCCCCUCUCCAGAGCCGCAGCCACUGGUAAGUUUGUAGGGUUCCGGUUGGGGAAGCUUUGGUUCACCAAGCGCCGACAAGGAGACGGCAGCCUGGGGCUCGCCAUUCUUCCGUUUACAGAGAAAAUUGCCGUCCAUUAUUUGCUUGCAUCCAUAGUUUAUUCAUGCUGAUUCCGUCGUUUCGCAGGCUGCAAGCCUUUGAUCGAAUAGCAAAAACCAUAGUUUUGCCAAUACGACCAAUGCCCCUGUUUGUCGUGAUCGCUAUUGCUUCCUGUGGUCGUGGAUUCUAUCCUGAUUUUGAUGCUUUUUACUGCUCUUAUUCAUCGGUAAAUGCUGAAGUUUCUCCCAUCAGUUCGAUCCAUUCGUCUCUGGACGACGAUGAGUUCAAAGCUAGGUUUAGCGAGCUCGUCAGCAAGCAACAUUGGUCAACCUUCAAGAGAGAAUUUGGGGAAAUUGAACCGAAGAAGCUCUUGCCUUCUCUGUUUGAGAAGAAGAUCGAUCUGGGAAUAGUGUUUAGGUACUUCAAAUGGGUUCAGAGGGAACAAGGGGCAGUCUUUGAUCUUGGUUCUUAUUGUACAAUGUUCCGCCGCUUGGCUGAAUGUAGGGAAUAUGGGAAAGUUAGGGCAGCGAUUCACUUGAUGGUCGGUGGAGAACCCGUAAACUCGGACUCAAGCGCAGCUGUCCUUCAUAAGAUCAUCGUUUCCGGUGGAGAGAGAAGAGAUCUUACUGGGCUUGUCAUCGAUAUGUUGGUGUACGAGUUGGUCAAAAGUUCUAAGCUUUUCAUGGCGUUAGAUGCAUUUAGAAGGUCAGGCUAUUAUGGAUUUCGAUUAUCCGUAUUGUCCUGCAAUUCGAUUUUGAAUGCAUUGGCGAAGACGACUGACACGCAGAAUAUAGAGAUUGUUUUCAAAGAUAUGAUGAGCAGAAGAAUUAAUCCCAACCAGAUUACUUUCAAUAUCGUGAUCCACGUUUUUGUUAAGGUUGGAAAGUUGCAGAAGGCAAUGGACCUGGUGAAGGAUAUGGAGUCGUGGGGCUGCUCGCCUUCGGUCGUCACGUAUAAUGUGAUUAUGAACGGUUGUUGCAAAAUGUGCAAAGUGGGAAGGAUGCUUAAAGCUGAGGCAAUCCUGAAAGAGAUGAUAUCCAAGAAGAUUUUGCCAACUGUGGUCACAUAUAACAUUCUUAUUGAGGGAUACUGCAAGGAUGAGAAUUGUUUCUUGGCAUUGCGGUUGCUGGUGGAGAUGAAGAAGAAGAAGAUGUUGCCCAAUGUCGUAACUUACAAUUCGCUGAUCAAUGGGCUUUGCAACGAAGGAGAAAUUACAGCAGCGGCUAACUUGCUUGAAGAAAUGAAGGAUCAAGGUAUAGAGCCCAAUAUAGUGACCUACAAUUCUCUGAUCAAUGGUUACUGCAAGAAGGGAAUGGUUUUGGAGGCCAGAAAAUGUAUGAACUGCAUCAUGGAAAGUUGUCUAGUGCCUAAUCUUGUGACAUACAAUACCUUAAUAGAUGGAUGGAAAUUGGGUAAGAUGAAGGAUGCUUGCGCCAUGUAUAAUUUAAUGUUGGAAAGAGGCAUGCCUCUUGAUAUUUCAACGUACAACUCUCUGCUCACUGGAUUCUGCAAAGCAAACAGGACGCAAGAUGCUAGUAAGCUAUUAGAUAAAAUGGUAGAAAAGGGUAUAAAAGCUGACAUUGUGACUUACAAUAUACUGAUUAAAGCUUUGUGUGAGCGAAAUCAAUCUGGAAAAGGAGUCACUUUGUUGGACGAAAUGUUGGAUGCGGGUUUGAAGCCAAGUCAUGUGACGUACAAUACUUUAAUUGAGGGGUUCUGUAAGGAAGGAAAUCUGAAGGGUGCCUUGAUUUUGAGGGCAAGAAUGGAGAAAGAAGGGAAGCAUGCCAAUGUGGUUACCUAUAAUCUAUUGCUUAAGGGUCAUUGUAAGAAAGGAAAUCUGGAAGAUGCAAAUAGGCUUCUGAACGAUAUGCUUGAAAAGGGUUUAGUUCCAAACCGUGUAACUUAUGAUGUCAUCAAAGAUGACAUGAUGCAGAAAGGAUUCAUUCCAGAUAUUGAUGGUCAUGUAUACAGUUCUGUUUCCUAGUAUUGAUGUUCAUGACAUGAAUUGUUGGCUUCGACUGCUAUUGCUGACCAGAGGGCAACGCCUGCCAAGCUAAGCAUAUCUAUCAAAAGGAGGAGACUAAUGGUAAGAUUUUCUCCAAUUUUUUCAGUGUGUGAAAAUAUGAACUAUAAACAUGCUUUAUUCAAGUCAGCAAUUGGAAGCAUUGUUGGUCGCGUGAUGGGAGGUACAUGGUGAUUUAUCUGCAACAUGAGUAUAUAAUGACAGCCCUGAGCUUGUGAAGUCAGAGGGUGGUAUGCGUUUUUUCCUACUCAUGGUGUUAGAAUCCUUUCUGCAAUGUGAACAGAUUAUGUUGCAUUCCUAUGCUCUAGUUGGAAUCCCUUAUGAUGAUAGUGUACACGUUGCCAGCUUAAAGAUGGGCACGUUUCAUGUCCUUGUUAUUACUCUGCCUACACACGGUACGAUUGCCAUUUUCCAUACAAAAAAUGCAAUUGUAUGUCAUUAGUGUUUCAUUGAAGAUCAAAGAGAAAGACAAUUUCAAUUUCUCCUUCCUUGAUGCUGAUGUCCUACACACGGUAGUAUGCACAUAAACGAUGCUAAUGGUGAAAAUCCAGCAUCAUAUACUUGUAUGAGCUAAAGUCCCAGAGUGUGCAUUCAAACUAGCUCUAAUGAACUUCUCAAUAGGCAGUGCUUUCUCUCAUCUGCGAUGUCACACUGAUGUCUAUAAGAGCCAAGCGGGUGAAAUUUGUCAGUAAGAACAUCCUAUCCCAUUUUCCAGUGCUGCCUUUCUUGCACUGCUGAUCCUCCAUAUCGCCAGAAAAAGGGCGUCCGUUUGGUCACAGAUAGGAAGGAACAGAGACGGAGAGGGAAAGGGGCACCGACGAGAAGCAGAUUUCGCGAGGAGUAGUUUCAACCCUUUUCCCCUCUUUUAUUUCUCUCUCUCUCUCUCUCUCUCUUUCGACUUUCAGCACAGGUUCUGAGUCAUCAAAAGAUGUAGCACCAGAUACGAGUUGCAAGCCCCUGCUAGCGAAACUUUGAGAAGAGUUUAAGCAAAAUCAUCGUCCAUUCUGCGCCUAUACCAUAAGACUUGUUUCCGCUCUUGCGGUGGAAGAUGUGGACGUGAAGAGAUGUUAAACCAUCAACAUUCACUAUGCUUCGCGGUAGGAAGCCUUGCCCUUCCAAAUGUCACCAAACUAAUGCCACGUUGAUCGGAGUGGACGUGGUGGAGAUUGUGUUUAGGAAGAAAAUUCAUCCUUGAAAUGGGAGGAACUUCUGUUUGUAGCUGGCAUUCCGAUUGCUUGUACAUCUUAUUCAUGAUUUGAUGUCCAAAAACAGAAAAUUAGUUCGAAUUUGUGCAAUUGGAAUGGUUUUCUUUGUGAA